AUGUAGAAUAGUAUUAAGAGAGUAAAAAUAUACGGAGCCGAAUGGUGCCCUUAUUGUGUGAGUGCUAAAAAACUUUUUACUAAUUUAGAAAUUGAUUUUGACUAUAUCGAUGUUGAUUAACACUAAAAUGAAAAAGACUAAAUAUAAAAAUAAUAUAAUUGGGAUACAGUUCCUAUGAUAUUUAUUGAUGGUAAAUUUGAAGGAGGAUUUUCUGAUGUUUCUGCAAAACUUAGAUCAGGAAAAAUUAAUUUCGAUAUAUGA